UCUGCAAGCUUAGUCACCCGGUUUUCCUCUCUGCAAGCUUAGUCAUCCACCCACAACACAAUACAUGGUGCUCAGCGAGGAGAGGAAGGCCUUGCUCCAAACCCAGGUCGAGCUCUGGAACCAGACCUUAAGCUUCAUGAAGUCGGUAGCGCUUGCGGUUGCCUUGGACCUCCGCAUCACCGAUGCCAUCCGCCACCGCGGCGGCGGCACCGCCACCCUCCCCCAAAUACUCUCUGGGAUUGGCAUCAACCCGUGUAAGCUUGCUAGCCUCCGUCACCUCAUGCGCGUUCUCACCAUCGCUGGAACAUUCGCCAUCCAGCCAUUAGAAACCUCGUCAGGCAGGCACGACGAGCCUGUCUACAAGCUAGCGCCAGUCUCCUGCCUCCUCACGGGAGGUGACGUCAGUGAGAACACAACGAGCAGCUUGUCCCCUAUGCUGAGCCACGUGCUCUACCCUUUCCAUGACUCGGUGCUCAGCAUGGGCCUCGCCGCGUGGUUCCGGCAUGAUGAGGAGCCCGGAAAGUGCCUGUACACCCUGAUGGAUGGCGUGACCCUGUGGGAGAUGGUUGAUGUCUCCGGCGGGGUCGGCGGAGCCGCCGCCACCAUCGCUGCAGCGUUUCCAUCUUUGAAGUGCACGGUGCUGGAUCUCCCUCAUGUUGUCGCCAAGGCUCCGUCUGUUAGGAAUGUCCAAUUUGUCGCGGGCGACAUGUUUGAGAGCAUUCCACCAGCUAAUGCUAUCUUCCUAAAGUACGUCCCGCAUGACUGGGGCGAUGACAAGUGCAUCAAGUUACUGAAGAAUUGCAAGAAAGCUAUCCCUUCAAGAGAUGCAGGCGGAAAGGUAAUAAUCAUAGAUAUCGUGGUUGGAUCUAGCCCGUCAGAUAUUAAGCUUCUAGAGACGCAAGUUUUGUGUGAUCUCCAUUUCAUGGAAAUUGGUGGGGUUGAACGAGACCAGCAGGAGUGGAAGAAGAUAUUUCUUGCAGCUGGAUUCAAGGACUACAAUAUUAUGCUGCUUGGUCUCCGAUCGAUUAUCGAGCUCUAUCCAUGAAUGAUGCUCACUGUCUGCUAGAUAAAUAAAAACAUAUGGCAUGUGACCGUACUAGUUAUUUUGUGCUAUUGGACUACUAUAUAUUCCAUUUCAGAUUUCGAAUUCAGUCAGUUAGAAUAAUCUUGUCAGAUAAAUUGUGAAGCCUAUCAUGCCCCGCUA